AUGCCCAUUAAUUGUUCAACACUUAUUCAACGUAAACAGAAUAUUCUCCAUAAAAAUUUACGAGCCAGUAGUGAAGGCAAACUUCAGAAUGUUGUUAAUGAAACUACUGCCGAAUUACGCACGGGCGGUACUCAAAAGCCUUCUACUUAUUCGUCUUCGGCCAAUAAUGUAACUGGAGCUUCUAGAGAAUCAUCAGCCAUUCGUCGUUCACAUUUAUUUACAAAUAAUCGUGUUCAACCAGCUCCUGAAUAUAGUAAUGGAGCACAUUUACCAUCGAUUCGAGAUGUAUCCGGUUCUGUUGAACGACAAAUUCAAUCCUACGAUACUCUGUAUACUCCUCGUUCUAAAACGCAUUUAGCAGGUGGAAGUCCAAAAAGUAUGAGUCGCCCUGCAUCAGCAUCGAUUUCAUCUCUCUAUAAUACAAUCGCGAAACGAUCCACAGAAAAUUUUAUGAGUUACAACGGUGAAAUCGAAGAAUUAAUAUUACCAUUUAGUCGUCAAUCACGACGAUUAGGUCAUGAAAAUAAUAAACAUCCAUUGAAUGUCAAUCACACAAUGACAAAAGAAACAGUGAUACCUCAGAAGCAUGUAGUUGAUACAGGAACUGAUACUCGGUAUCCAUCAAGUCCACGGGAUAACAGUCAACAACAACGUGGACUAACUCCAUCAAAUAGACUUCGUUCGUCUAUACCAAACGCACAAGUUGAAAUACCUCAUAUCAAUGAAACAUUCACAAAAGAACGACCAAGUGCUGGUCAACUUUAUCAACGACGUAUACAUAAUAAUGUUAAAGCACCAUUUAAACAAAAAAUAGAUAAAUAUCGUCGUCGUUCAGAAGAAGCAACACAGGCUAUGAAUGGAAAUACUCUACUGAUAGCAUCGAAUGCUGGUCUAUCCGCUACAACACCAGCAUUGGCUAACAUAUCAUCGACGAAUACAAGACCACCACCAUCUCCAGUACCAGUUCGUCGUGCUACAUCAGAUGGUGAAAUUCAAGCUCGUCUUGACGUACUUCGUUUAUCCAUGAAUUCAAAUAUUGCUCAAACCGAACAACAACAACAGCAGCAGCAGCAGCAGAAUAGUUCACGUAAUCGUCUUAAAUCUCCAUAUUUAUAUACUACACAUCAACAAUUAGUUCCGCCAGGAACUCCUCAGACAAGUGGUACAGGUCUUCGUCGUAAUCAAAUGAACUCUACUAGUACACAUUCCCAACAUCGUCAAAAUAAUGGUAUAAACUAUCGUCGAUUGCAUCAAUCCUCUGUAAAACAAUCAGCAACCAAUAAUCCAGGAAAUCUUUAUUUAGCCUUUAUAGCAUCACGUCAUUUAUCAACAUUAGAGGAUGCACCGUUAGAUCAUGAUAUAGAUCAUUCAAAAUUAUUGCGUAUAUUUAGUUGGCUUAAAAAUAUCGAAGAAUAUCGACAUCAACAAUUAGAUCACGAUAAACUACUCAUUGAACAAGAUCAACGUAUGAAAGAACACAAAGAUGAUUUAUCAUUAUAUUCCGAAAUACAAUUUGCUGUUGAUGAUCUACCAGCAAAUACAACGGGAAAACCGUCUGAGAAAAUUGCGACUAUGGAAUUUGAUAACUAA